CCAUUUUUGUACGAAACCACAACUAAAUCAGCAUCAGUGACGUGUUUCAUAGGUUGACUACCGGGUACGAAAUGUCACACGGCAUUCUAUCAGAGACAGUGGAAAACGAGUGAAGCAAUACAUUUGGAAAUUUUGCUCUCUGACCUUGGGCUACAUCAUGUCGUCCCAGAGCUUUGUAGGCAAGGAGAGCUACCGUGUAAAGUGUGAGGAGGACAUCUUAAAGAUUCCAGAUCUCAUGACAGCGCGAGAGUAUAUGAAAAGCUGGGGACUCCAAACUAGGGGAAUUAAUAAUACAGAACAAGCCGUGCAGAUCCUGGUGGAUCACUGGAAGAAAAAUGAGAAACAAACCAAAGAAAUUGUUAAGACCGAGAUAUCCAAUGGCUUCCAAGAAGCUAUGUUUGAUGAUCAUCGCAAACGCGAAAAACUUGGAAUCAAAAUCGAUGAGACGCUUGAAUUCUUCGGAAGGUUACCAAGGCAACAACAGAGCGACCUAUUGCGGUUCAUUCCAGACCUUGUGCAUAAAUGUGAGGUCCGAAAACACGAGCUCAUGUCUCCGGAAUGCACAAUUCUUGUAGCAGGGGAAACAGGCGCAGGUAAAAGUAGCUUCAUCAACCUUCUGCUAGAGACAAACAUCCUCCCCACCAAACAACUAGCCUGUACCAGCACGUUCUGUGAGCUUCACAAGAGCAGAGAUAACCGUAAGACCGCCACAUUCUAUUACAAGAACUUUGAAGGUAGGGGGGCGAAAUCUCCGAAGAAGAUCGAUAUCAGUUCAAAGGAAGGUUUGAAAGAACUGACCAAUGGAAUCACAGAAAUUGACGAGUUCAUGGACGAAAGUCCCUACGAAAAAAUCAUAAUCCAGUACCCCUUCCCAUUGCUAGAGGAGGGGAUCGUAUUGGUGGAUACUCCAGGUCUUGGAGAAAGUAAAAGUCUGGUAAAACACGUCAGCAAAUAUCUGGAAAAAUCAUUUGGCUUUAUUUACGUGGUCAACAGCUCCAAUGCUGGCGGAGUACACGAGGGGAGGCUGAAAGACUUUCUCCGGACUGUUAUUAACAUGAGUGAUGAAGAAUUGCACCACGAUAGCACCAUGUUUAUUUGUAAUAAAUGGGAAACCGUGCCCGAUAAAUAUAAAGAAGAAGUAAGAGACGACACAAUGCGGAAGUUACAAAAAUUCUUCCGGAAUAUAACAGAGGAUCAGCUGUUUUUCAUGUCCGUGGACGAGGCACAGAAACACUACGCCACGCUUGGUAAAAUGUCACCGGAACAUCAUACCAUGUUGACUGGAAUACAGAGAUUACUUCCGGCUAGUCUGGAGAAUAAAUUGAACCUUCACUAUAGGUUUAUAUCUCAAAUCCUGAAAAGAUCUAUCUACUCCUUAAAAGUUGCGAAAAACAUGGCGAAAUGUGACAACAUUGAGAAGCAGAAACUGAUUGACGACAUCAGGUCACGAAUGCAGACGAUCCAAUGUAAGGCUUUGCAAUCAGUGGACGAUCUUCGACGAGGAAUGGAACAUGAAAUUGGAAGUCUGCACAAAAGUUUGACAAGUAUAAUAAAUUCCGAGGAAUUCCGAAAAGCUUGUAAAUUCUGGGAUCCGAGGGAAUGUCCAGGAUCAAAGGAUUCGAAGAAACUUAUUCGAGAUGCAUCAGAACUUAUUGAAAAUCGCGUCUGUAUGAACAUAGACAAGUGGGAGAGGCAAUAUAAAGUGAUAAAGACUCUUAAAGAUAGGAUUAUUGCCAAACUGAGAAGGGACUGUGAACUUAUGGAAGACCAGAUUCGUGAGAUAGAAAGUACUCUUAUUGCUGGCGAAAAUGCUAUCAUCAGAGAUCUACACAAAACAAUAAAAGGCGAUCCAAGGGGCAAGAAACCUAAAAACAAAAAGAAAGACGACAAAAAAGAUGACAGGACUGCCGACCUCAAAGUUAGAUCGCUAGGGGGUGCUGUUAGUAUCGCCGGGAGAUUCGACAAUAGCAAAGGAAUCAAGUCUUUUUUCAAGACUUACAAGAAAAAAUCACCGGAAGUUAGCAUGGCGGAAGCAACCGAUCUUUACAUUCAAAAUAUUCUUAAUUCGAAAGAACUUUACAAAAAUAUAGAAAUUUUUCUUAUGCGUUAUACAAAAGGAAUUGAUAUGGUGGCUCGCAAAAUUCCGGAUUUUAUCGCCUCUGACGAAGAAAUGAUAAUGGAGAUAGAAAAGCAGCUUCAGGAGUCUGCUGAUUGUAUGCACGAAGUUCCAGAACUGAUUCGAAAGUGUACUGCUUUGCUGGGAAAUUUAGACUUGAUAUAUGUUAAUGAUAUCAUGCGCAAGGACUACCGGUUGAGAGAUUUGGAGUGGAGUGACAAAUCAAGGCUCGGAAGUGGAGCGUUUGCUGAUGUAUACGCCGCCAAACUACGGCAGGGUAACAAAUCCGAAAAUGUAGCCCUGAAGUUGUUUAAAGAUCCAGUUAAAUCUAACACUGUGAGCGAUAUUUUGCUGGAGGAUCGCACGAUGAGGGAGAUGGACCACCGCAAUUUGAUUCGUUAUUAUGGCUGCACUCUCCAAGUUAAGGACAGGGGUAAAUUGCAUUGGAUAAUGAUCUUAGAAUUUUGCCAGUGCACACUCAAAGACAAAGUUAUCAACGACGAUUAUCAGAACCCCGGAACAGUUGACGAGGCGUUACAGUUAAGACCAAAAUUGGAAAUGGCACGAUAUGCCUCACAGAUUUGCCAUGGGCUAGAGUAUCUCCAUGCAAAGGACUUGGUACAUAGGGACUUGAAACUGGAAAACAUCCUGCUAACUAAAGACAACGAUGUAAAGUUAACCGACGUCGGUCUCUCUAAGCCCCAGGGUGAUAUUUCGGGAACUCUCGCGGGAUCCCCGGUUUACAUGGCACCGGAAAUUCAUCUACAGAAAGGGAUCUAUAACCGGAAGGCUGACAUAUUUAGCCUCGGUAUCAUGUUAUGGGAAAUGUGGUAUGGCAUUGACGCAGCAGACCAUAUUUCUGAAGUUCUCUCAAAGAAAGGAUUUAAAGCCUCGGAACUUGGAAUCCUUUUGGAGAAAGGACUUAGGCCGGAAAUGUUUGACCGUUAUCGUCCGGAUCAGGAGUGGAGCAAUCUCAUCGUCCAAUGCUGGACACUGGAAGCGAGACAACGACCAGAGGCUCGCCAUGUUCGCAGAUUCUUUGACGAUUUCUUACAUUUGAAUUCGCGAGUAAAAUAAACAGAUUAAGGAGUGCGUGGCAUUACCAUUCAGCCUAUUUAUAUAUUUUCAAAAUGAAUGAAUAAUGAGGACAAUAGACACAAAGUUCCACAUUUAAUAGAAGAUUUAUAGUUAAUGAUACUAAUCACUGAAAUGAUACACAAAAGACACUGGAUUCCAGCGUACAAAAUACAUUUAUUGCAACCGAUCAUUGACAAAAUGUAAAGACACAGAAAUAAAAAUAUACACAUUU